AUGACAGAUUAUAAGUGGGAAGUUGGGAUAGUAUUUGCUGAUAAGGCUCACUUUAUUGAGACCAUUAGAACUUAUGUUGUGCAUACUGGGAGGGCUUUGAAGUUUGUUAAAAACGAUAAGUGUAGGGUGAGAGUUAGAUGCAUGGGUGGACAAGGUAAGUGUCCAUGGACAACUUACCGUGGUUAUUUACCAACCCGACAGUUUUGGCAAUUAAGGAAAAUAAAGGACACCCAUAGUUGCAGCAAACAACUUAACAUUAAGAUUUUGAAUACAAAGUGGCUGAGUGAAGAAAUAGAUAGGUGUUUACAAGACAAUCCAAACUUGAAGGUGCAAGACAUAUGUAAAAAAGCAUUACGUAAAUGGAAUACUAAAGUUUCCAUCUCCAAAGCACGAAGGGCAAAGUUGAUGGCAACAAGGCAACUUAUUGGAGAUUUCAAAGAACAGUAUAGAAGAAUACAUGAUUAUGGACUUGAACUGUUGAGGUCUAAUCCUGGGUCAACAGUUAAGGUGGAGGUUGACAGUGUCAAUGGUGAGGCAGUGUUUAAAAGAUUCUAUGUUUGCUUGAAAGGUUGCAAGGAAAGCUUUGUCAGCUAUAGACGAAUUAUAUCUUUAGAUGGAUGCUUUAUAAAAGGCCAGUAUAAGGGAGAGCUACUCACUGCAAUUGGAAGGGACCCAAAUGACCAAAUGCUUACCCUUGCAUAUGCCAUUGUUAAAGUGGAGAACAAAGAGACAUGGAGUUGGUUUCUGCAAUUAUUGGUAGAAGAUCUUGGAGGAAAUGAAGUGUGUGGUAGGUGCACAUGGAUGUCUGACCAACAAAAGGGGUUGGUGCACACUAUAGAGGAACUUUUGCCUAAGGGAGACCAAAGAUUCUGCAUGAGGCACCUAUACCCAAAUUUUAGAAAAAAGUUCCCUGGUCAGACUUUGAGGACGCUGAUGUGGAGGGCUGCCACAAGCACGUACCCCCAGGCAUGGGAGAGAGAAAUGCUGAAUAUAAAACAGGUCAACAUAGAAGCUUAUAAAAUACCUGAUAUCCAUCCCCCCAGGUACUGGUCAAGGUCUCGAUUCACAAAUCAAGCUGUAUGUGAUUCCCUUGACAACAAUAUAUGUGAAGCAUUCAACAGUGUUAUUGUGCUUGCCAAAGGAAAGCCAAUAAUCACAAUGCUAGAGGAGAUAAGGCUUUACCUUAUGAAACGUUGGGCCACCAACAGAACCAAGGUCGCAUCUAUGAAAUUCACUAUCUGCCCAAAGAUAAACACUAGGCUUAUGAAGGAAUCAAAUCUGUCUAGAUAUUGGAUCCCAAGCUGGUCUGGACGUAAGUUGUUUGAGGUUAGGCACACUGUAGUAAUGACAAACAAGUUCACGGUGGACCUUGAGAGUCAACAAUGUAGCUGCAGGAAAUGGAUGAUAAGUGGGAUUCCAUGUUGUCAUGCCAUUGCAGCCAUGAACUAUUGCAAUGAAGACCCAAAAAAUUUUAUACCCUCUUGGUUCACAAGAACCACAUAUGAAGCCACGUAUGCCACAAUGAUUUAUCCUGUGAAUGGGCAAUUGCUAUGGGAAAAAACAUCAUAUGUUGAUGUCCUGCCACCACUUAUACGAAAGAUGCCUGGUAGGCCAAAGAAAAAAAGAAAAUUGGAGGCCUAG